GGCAGCAGCGCGCCUGCGCGGUAGCCUCAAGCGUCCAAGAUGGCGUUGGUGCAGCAGCUGUACCGGUUCGUCUUCCGCCGCACGUCCACGCUGGUUCUCACGGUCGUGGUGGGCGCCGUGAUCUUCGAGCGGGGCUUCGACCAGGCCACGGAGGCGAUUUUCUGCCGCCUCAACGAGGGGGUAAGUCGGCCCCGGAGGGCGCGCAGGCCCCAGCCGGGGACUUGCGUGAAAGGCGGCCGGGAGUUAAUUGAAGGUCAGGCGGGCUGGCGCCCUACUCGAGGCCGUGGCUUCGGCCUGCCGCGCGGCUUCUAGGUAGAGAGGGCAAACGCGCCUUUUGGAAAGCAGGGGCUUCGCUGCGGCCUGCCUUUCUGGGCUUGCCAAGCUGUUCGGCUUUUGGCUCCUGCAGCCCGCAUUGCAAACCUGCGGAGGCCGGGCGUCUUGGGGUGAAACGGGGCGUGGGUGGGUAUCACCUCUGCGAGCUCAGAGAGCACCAAGGACCUCCACAGUCGUCCUCCAAGCACUGAUGAUGU